GAGAGAGUAAUGCGGUUGUUAUGAACUCUUGGACAUGCCGAAAUGUCACUUUUAAGACUGUGUGCUUUUCCGAAAUACUUAAGCGGGAGCUUUGUGUUCGAAAGAAGUGCUCGUUUCACCUUAAAUGUCACCCACUGUCAACUCUGCAUAAGACUCCGGAAUAACUUCGAGAAGGGAAUUAAAGAUAACCCAUGGGCAACACUACACCAGAGGGACUACACCGCUAUUCCAAAGAAGGAGGAUGGGAAAAAAAGAGUGUGGGAACGAUCACAUUUGUUGGAUGUUCUCGAGGCUCGAAUGCAACAGUUGCAGUCUGAUGUUUUACAUGUGAAACAUACAAAGGUUGAAUUUAUCAAAGUGCCACAGGGCGAAAAAAGAGGCAGUCCGAUGAAAAGUCAAAAGUCAGAGGCUGAAAAACCUAAAGCUGUCCAGUCCACUAAAAAAGGUGCCACUUCAGAUAAACUGUCUGCCAAAACACAUGCGAGCCGCUGGAUUGAGAAGCUAAAGCUUGAGAAGUCAAACAAAACUAAAAAACAGUGGUCUCUGCAGCAGAAACUAACAAAACCAACAGCAGCAGCAGCAGCAAAAAUCACUAAAGGAAAUUUGAUGGCUCCUGGAACGUCUAUAAAAACAAUCUCUACUGCCAAAAGUAGCAAACAACCCAAAUCUGAGACCACAAAAGAUGCACUUAACAAACAAACAAGUUUAAAUCCAAAGGUGUCAAAACAUCGUACAAGUGCACCCCCAGUUAAAGAGGAUAUUGAACUUUCCAGAGCUGCAGAGCUCACUGAAGUCGAAGAGCUUGAAGAGAUGAUCGGGGAGUGGAGUCCGACAAAUGCAGAGAAACUCCUAGAAGACAAAGAUGGCAACCGUUAUGGCGACGCGCAGCUGAACUUGCGCUGCUACCUGGAGGCGUGUGUCUUCAUAGGGGACGUUGAGCGAGCACAGCGCUGUCUAUAUUUUCACCAUCGGCACCUAAGCAAACGCAAAAUACUCUCCAUCAGCGCGUACAACAUCAUGAUGAGGAUGUGGGCCAAGAAGGGAUCUGUGAAUCACAUUGGUCGAUUAUUCGCUCUGGUCGAGGAGGCAGGACUAAAGCCCAACAUGACAUCAUACUCUGCGGCUCUGGAGUGCAUGGGCCGCAAUCCUGAGACUUCUCCGCGCACUAUAAAGAGGUGUGUGCAGCAGAUGGCUGAAGGCGGCUUGUGUUUGGACGACAUGUUUCGACAGUGUGUGUUCAGACAAGAUGAGCGGGACAUGGUGCUAAAAGCCAUCCGCACUGUACAACCCGACUUCGAGCCACACACCCCUUCUGACCGGCCGCAUUGCUCAUUACCACUGGUGGAGAACUUCUAUACAAAGAGGGAAGGAACCACCUAUCCUAAGUUAGAUUUCAGCAUGGCUGAGCUGCAGGAGCGCUUCAGGCGUCAGCUGACUAUGGAGCAAGCCAACACUGUCACCAUCGACUCUGUGGAGGCUAUUAAACCUGUCACUGAACACAUGGCUAGGAUGAGGAAGCUUUUAGCUGAGCAGCGCACUCACUGGCACAAAGCUCUCCUACAAGCUCUGAGGGAAAGCCGGGUGGUUUUAGGCAGCAACAACCGGAGAAACUGGAAGAUUGACAUCUACCCUUUCCUGCGCAUCCUUCAUGAUGAGGAUUACGUCAACAUCAUGCUGCAGGGUUUGGCCAACCUUCCCCCGAGUGGAGACUCUCUGCUCUUCUUGGCUAAGGAACUGGGCAACAGAGUCCACAACGUGUACUGCAUCCAGCAAAAGAGUCACAGCCAGAUAGUGGAAAAACUGGGCAAAAUCUACAAUUCGUACGUGGAACUGCUCGGAAAAGACACAGAGCCCAGCACUGUGUUGCCACGGGAACGAUGGAGCACUCUAGAGGAGAAGCAAACCACUGGUCCCUCCCUCCUGAGUGAUGACACACCCUGGCCACACAUGCUGGUUAUUCAGCUGGGCAGUUUCCUAGUGGAUCUGAUGGUGCGCGAGCUCAAAAUUCCAAACAACACUCUGAACCCGGCCCAGGACAACAAGCUCAUCCCUGUGCUCUAUCACAUGUACACAUUCCGCAGCAAUCGACAGAUUGGUUUCAUCAAGCCACACCCAAUCCUGACUCAAAUACAAUCAGAAGCCAUGGAGACCAAGCUGACCUUUGACUCGUAUGUGAUACCCAUGCUGUGCCCACCAGUGCCCUGGAUAUCAGCCAAGAGUGGGGCUUACCUGCUGACUCCCACCAAGCUGAUGCGCUCAGUUGAAGGUGCCAUUCAGCACCAGCUGCUGCUGGAGAGGUGCCAGGAUGAGGAGCUCCAUGCUGUGCUGGACUCCCUUAGCCAGCUGGGCAACUGUGCCUGGAGAAUCAACAAACCCUUGUUGGACAUAAUCAUCUCCAUCUUUAACGAUAAGGGUAGUGAGAAGCUGGAUGUGCCUCCACCUAUUUCAGAGGCACCAGAAAUCCCACGCUUCAACCCUAAUGACCCAGAAUACACACCUGCUGAGAAAGCCCAUCUAAAGCGUGAGGCCACAAGAGCCAAGAAGAAGGUUGCUGAGAUGCACAGUCUGCGAAUGGAUGCCCUCUACAAGCUUUCCAUAGCCAACCACAUGAGGGAUGAGAUCUUCUGGUUUCCUCAUAAUAUGGAUUUCCGAGGACGUACUUAUCCAUGCCCACCCUACUUUAACCACCUAGGAAGCGAUGUAACCAGAGCCGUCUUGCUGUUUGCUGAGGGAAAGCCAUUGGGUCCUAAAGGCCUGGACUGGUUAAAGAUCCAUCUGGUCAACCUCACGGGCCUGAAGAAGCGAAGUUCGUUAGCUGGGAGACUGGAAUAUGCAAACACCAUCAUGGAUGACGUUCUGGACUCUGCGGACAACCCUUUAACGGGAAGGAAGUGGUGGAUGAAUGCUGAUGAGCCUUGGCAGACUCUGGCAUGCUGCAUGGAAAUAGCAAAUGCCUCCAGAUCACAUGACCCCACACAGUUCAUCUCCCAUUUCCCUGUGCAUCAGGACGGCUCCUGUAACGGCCUUCAGCACUAUGCUGCACUGGGUCGUGAUGUGAUUGGUGCAACAUCAGUAAACUUAAUGCCCUGUGAAGAACCGCAGGAUGUCUACAGUGGAGUGGCUCAGCAGGUGGAGGAGUUCCGGGCCCGAGACGCAGAAAAGGGCAUGAAGAUAGCACAGGUGCUGGAAGGUUUCAUCAGCAGGAAGGUGGUGAAGCAAACUGUGAUGACUGUGGUCUAUGGGGUCACGCGCUAUGGUGGACGGCUGCAAAUCGAAAAACGCCUCAAGGAGAUCGAUGACUUCCCCAAGGAGUAUAUUUGGGAUGCCUCACAUUACCUAGUGCAACAGGUCUUCAGCAGCUUGAAGGAAAUGUUCACCGGGACAAGAGAGAUCCAGGACUGGCUAACUGAGAGUGCAAGGCUAAUCGCUAAGUCCGGCAGCACAGUGGAAUGGGUGACUCCGUUGGGACUGCCCAUUGUCCAGCCCUACCACCGGACCAGGAACCACGUGCUCAAGAGCAACAUCCAGUUUCUGAGUCUCCAGAUAAGCCAUGACGUCUAUGAGAGGCCGGACACAGUAAAGCAAAAGAAUGCAUUCCCCCCAAACUUUAUCCAUUCUCUGGACUCCACACAUAUGAUGCUAACUGCACUCAACUGUUACAGUGCUGGUUUGACCUUUGUAUCGGUGCAUGACUGCUACUGGACUCACGCUCUUACAGUAGACAUCAUGAACAAGGUGUGUCGAGAGCAGUUUGUGGCUUUGCACAGUCAGCCUAUUCUUCAGGACCUCUCCACAUUCCUGCUGCAAAAAUAUUGCUCAGGACCACCGGGCAACACCAAGAGCAAGAAAUUCCUGGAAUACUGGAAAAUGUCGCAAUUGCUGGGAAAAGUUCCAGAAACAGGUGAUUUUGAUCUUCAGAGAGUGAAGGAAUCCACUUAUUUCUUCAGUUGAUGUCGAUGCAGAACCCUCACAGGUUGAACCAGAGAGGAAAUGAUGGCUUAUCUUAGUGUCUCCGUGCUGUGCACGGCGACUAACGUACUUAAUCGGCUGCUGCAAACUGCUGCUGCUAUCACAACAUCUACACACGCUGUGAUAAUUUUAAGAAGUUGGAAUGCCAGAGAUUUUGUCUUUUAGUGUCCAUGUGUGUAAGUGCAGGUGGUUAGUGUGUGUCUUCUGUUUAGAAAGACAACACAGCCAUGCUCUGUUCUGGUAAACGUCAUGUAUGGAGAUAUGGUGUUUUUCUGGCCUCAGCAGGGCUGAUCACUUUCCUCCACUCCUCUACGCUGAUUAAAGACACAGCCCAAGCUGUCAUCGAUAUCAGAGCUCAUACAGUUAACAGACCACUGUGCCAUUUCCACACUGUUUCAUUUCCCAUCAAGCUGCUCGACUCAAUGUCAUGAAGAGCAAAAAUGGAGGAUGGAUGUCUCCUUUCAAAUACUGUGAACACGGUUCCAGAUUAAACAGGCUGUUAAAGGAAUUUUAUAAAUCUUUUCAUUUUGGAGUGGUGUAAAAUAGUUUAUGUAAAAGCUGUAAUGUAUACUUAUUGACCAGUGUCUAAUAAAAAUAUAUAUAUUUUUAUGAUAUGUUUUUG